AUUAUCUAUAAACAGCAUUGAGAAUAACACUGAUUCUUUAAAGAGAUGUAUUAUGGAAGGUCUGGAUUUGUUUAUGAAAACAUUACAGGAGAUCAUGGGUUCACAUUAUGAGUCAAUACUGAGUGCACUGUCAUCACAAAGCCAAGCACUGCAAGAGAUUGAGAAAAGAGAGACAAUUAUCAACUCAGAAACCGUUGCACUAAGGUCUUUUGUACUGGCCCUGCAAGAGAGUUUAGAAAGCAUGAAAUCUCAACAAAGUGAAGGGUAUGAGAAAAUCUGUGAAAAGCUUAGCUGGCUAUCGGAUAACUUACAAUUUAAUGAAAUCUUGUCUUUGCUUAAUAAGCUGUCUUCUGCAUGUAAACCUAUGUCGAAGUUAAAAGACAGCACUGUUCAGACUUCCCCUGGUCUAUAUGAAAAACUGUGUCUUGUCAGGCAGGAAAAGACGUACUUUGAAACCACCAGGGUAUGUAGAACCAGCUCGAUUCAGACGCAUGGUGCUUUGGCAGCAGGGCAGGGAGGUGAUGGGGAAUCAUCAUUCGAAAACAGACCUGUUGAUAAUAUUAGCCAGCAGUGCUAUGGCAGGGGCAGUCAGGUCCCAAUGGCAAAGACGAAACAGAGCCCUGUUAGGUAUGCUGAACCGCCUAAACAGCAAAUAUGUAGAGAAAACUGUAAAGACAAUUCAUUGGAGAGUUCUUUGUUGUACAGAGUACCAUACCAAACACAUUCUGCAUCUACCACUGCUACAUUUCCUAGGAUCCCUGUUUCAGUCAGCAGCAACCAAAAUGUUCAGCCAGCUUUAAAGAAGCAGCAGUCAGACCAACAGGCAACCUCUAAUGGAAUGAAUGUGUUCAAGGCACAGACAGCAAUGAAUACAUUGGAACAGAAAAAAGAUCUGUAUGACUUUGAAACACAAACAAAAAUUAACCAGGGUUUCAAAAGUAAAGGUAAACACGCUGCCAUAGACAACAGCCCAGGAUUUGAGAGGAUUAAUAAGAAAGCCAUAGGGUCUAAGAAAGCAUGCAAAAGACAACCAGCUUUUCAAAAUAGACACAAUGCAUGCACAUCCAAGAAAAAGAGAAAGGUAAACAUUUUGAAGUUUUCACAAAGUCAGUCCAAGAAACAAAUACAAGCUCUAGAGGAACAUGAAGACUGUGGGGCAGAUACCCAAAAGAGCAGGGGUAUCUUUGAAAACAAGGUUGGGGGUGUAAGUAUUGCUGCUAAAAACUUAAGAUAUCAAAAUUCAGAACUGAAAGAGAAAUUAAUACCGAUGUGUUAUAUCCGUAAGAGUGUGGUUAAAACCACGGAAGAUGCAGGGCGCUGUAUACUAGAGUCCACUAAUGCUUCUAAAGUAAUGAAUAAUCUGUGGGACUCUUCCUCCCAGGAAAGUGGCCACACACAGGGUAUAGCAGGAUUUGAAAAGCAAGCUCAUUCCUGGAUUAGCCCUGUCAUGCACAGGCCUCCCUGCCCUGCUGUGAACGCCACUAAAACACAGGACAUGCAGAAAAGCAAAAUGCGCUCUCGGAUCUGUAUGUUUGACACCAGUGAUGACUCCGAUUGAAGAAUUACAUUUUAAUCUAGCUGAUACUGUAAAGUAUGUGCUUAAACGUGUUCCUUUUUUGUUUUCUGAUGUUUAAAAAAUGGCUUAGGUUAUAAAAGCAACUCAUUUAUCAUUUCUAUGCUAGAACAGCGUUCAUCUCAGUUGUAUGGUGGGUGGAGGGACUGUACCCAUUCCAAUCGCAUAAUGCCUUAGGUAUUGCACCUGUUUAAGGCUGAUUGGGUCGAUUAAAACAUAUUUUGCAAAUUAUAGUCUAGCUAUGAGAUAGGAGACUAAUGUGGUUCAGUAUUUAGUUCUACUGAUAGUGUGAUCCCAAACAAGCUAAGGAAUAAUUAUUACUCCAGUUUGUAUUCUGUUUUUAGGUGUUUAUCCAAAGUUCUAUGGAUAAUGUUAAAAUGAUGUGAAGUAAUACUGUACUUCACACGCCUUGAUUAUUUAAAAAUGUAGUUGUUGAUCUUUAUGUUUUAAGAUUUCAGGGAAAUAGAAUUAUUAAUUUACAAUUUACAAUUUACAAACAACAUGCACAAGUUCAAUGCCAUGAAUUAACAUAAGACUGAAAUAAACAAAAGUAUUGAAUACUUUUAAUUACAGGUUAAUAAAUAAGGUAUUAGGGCUGACUAGCAUUUUUGACUUAACGUGUUUUCAUCAAACUUGAUUUUAAUUAAAAUGGAAAGAAUCCUCAACAUCCAAAGAGACACAACAUUCUUAAAGCUUUUUAUUCAUGUUUGUAUAAGCACUAUUAAAAUUCUAAAAUUAUAUUUAAAAAAAAAUGUUUAGAUUCCCUCUGGUGACUUUUUAAAACUCAGAAGUUUAAAACACUGCUGUCAUAUUCAUACAGCUCUCAAACAUGUCUAAUCUCCAAGGUCAGCUGGUAAACCAGACCAGGGUGUAAUCAUUAGCCCCUGUAACGCUUUGUCCCUAGCGGAUGUACGAAAUACAUGAGUACGAAUAUACUGUACCAGAUAGAACAUGGUAUUUUUUCCAUCCUCUCAGGGGCAGACUACCACUCUUGUGUCGUCCUUUUAUUAUAACAUUGAUUCACUUCCUCUCCAGCAAGACCCCACAUAAAGAAUCUAUUUUCAGCAAAGUGAUUGAGAAACCUGAACCACACAUCAAACAUGAGUCUAUAAUAUUAUGGUUCCUCUCUUUUUACACUGGCUUUAUUUAAUCAGCUGGAAGUGGGUAAAAAAAUUGGCAGCACACAUUCUUGAAAUCCCAUUACCUUUUUUUAUGGAAAGUAUAUUUGUAAUUCAGAGAAUAGACACAUCAUUCACAGCUUUUAUAGCAUAUUUCUCAAAGGGUACAUACAGUACAUGCCAUCCCUCUUCUAUCAUCUCAAACUGUUAUGCAUAAUCUUGCACCUCAUACUGGAGUUGUUUUUAGCAAUGGAAAUGUUUCUUUCCAAGGAAUGUGUUUUAUUGUGUUGGG